AUGAAUCUUGUGGAUGAAACGGAGGAGGUGGAUGAAAAACAUCUAAAGGUGAUUAUUAUUGGAGAUAGUCUCGUCGGGAAGAGCUCACUUUUGAAAGACACCGCGGACAGUGAGUUCAAAGACCUCAAUGAGAUCCACUUCGCUUUACUCAGAAAGACGACUCCCAUUGCAAACGUGAACAUUACCGAGAAGUUUCUAGGUGACGAUAGCACGUAUAAAGUCAAGACUUUGAACACAUGGCCACAUGAGGAACACGUCAGCAUCCACCACGCAAAGACAGUUUUGCUCGACGCCCUGUCUGCGAUGAAGGCAUUACAUUCGAUGGAUAUCCUUCAUAACGACAUCAAAGGUGAUAACGUGAUCGUCAAACAAUCCGAUCACGACUUAUUCAGCGGGUACCUCAUCGAUCUGGGCAACGCGUCGACGACAUUCCUCUCUGCUAUCUACGAUUUCGGACAGACGGAGAGAGAUUAUUACGACGAUGAUCCAUUGUCGAUUCAUUACGCGCCAGAACUGAUUUUUGAUAAUGCCGCCACGACUCGAGCGAGCGAUGUGUAUCAGAUUGGACAGCUUAUUUACAUCAUGGGAAAUGAUAUGGGAAAUGAAGAUCUGAGAGAUAUUGGAGAGAGAUGUCUCUAUCGAGAACCUUUGUCACGUAUUAAGCUACUGGACCUCAUUGAAUUCGUGUCUCAGUUAUGA